CGACUUGACAUCACCAAGUAUUUUUUCCAAAACAACGGAAAAUAGGUUAACCCGCGGAUAAAGAUGAACUAGCUUCAAUCGUGAACAAGAGAAACAAGUCAUCAACCUUCGAACUUUCACCUCCGACCUGAACCAAACCUGCCGAACCAGGUCCCCCUCACGCGGCGUCGAGGCAGGCGUUUUGGGUUUUCCACGAGAACAGUAAAUAAAACAGCAGGUGCUUGUUCACAGUCCGUAGUUGUUUGUUAACAAUUCACAGGUGCAGUAUACAGUGCAGGACAACAUGUUGCUGGCCGUGCUGGGUGCGUCUGGACAGACAGGCGUCCACCUUGUGCAGCAGGCCCUGGAUAAAAAGAACCGCGUCCUGGCGCUGGUCAGGGACACGGCCAAGAUGGAAGGCCUGGUGCAGGACAGCAACCUAGAGGUUGUCGAAGUUGAUAUCAUGUCGGAAGAUUCCAUUACGGCUCAGUUGGAGGGGAGGGCAGUGGACGUGGUGAUCUCCUGCCUGGGCCGGACAGACCGUAAGUCACGUGAUCCCAGCACGUUCUACAGCGACUCCAUGCGGGAAGUAGUGGGCGCGAUGCGGAGGGCGAAAGUCAGGCGGCUGGUCUGCGUGUCUAGCUGGUGGACCGUCAGUUGGCCACAGGACGGGCGCCCCUGGUGGUACCGCUGGUUCGUGCAGGGCGGCUGGACCGCCACGCACGCGGAUCUGACUGAGAUGGAAGAGUUCAUCACUAUGUCCUGCACAGACAUCAACUACACCAUCGUCAAGCCACCCGUCUUCCUGACGGACGGACCUCUGGAUGCCCGUGAGUUGAAAGCGGCGCAGCUGGAGCAGGUUCCCUUCACCGGCCGGCCUACUCUGUCCCGGGCCAACCUGGCUAGAUUUCUCCUUUUCAUUCUGGGUACCUCCAAAUGGAACAGUAGAAAAGUAGCAAUCCUGUGAAGACGGACGGCUGAGGAGGAUGCUGAGGAUAAGCUUCCAUUCAACCUGUUCAAAGUUUCGGUACUUCCACAAGACUUGCCUCUGUUGAUGCCAGACGACAGAAAACCUACCAUAGAUCGAGCAUGUCAUAUUCUAUCACUGCGACGCCCGCAGCGCCCAAACCUUCAAAACAAUUCUGGACGGACGUCACUACUUAACCAAAACUCUGUGCUGUAUGGUCCUCACAUUGUCUAAUAAUAUUAUUGCAAGUAGAGUAUUCUUUUAUCGUCUUUGAAAUUUGCAUUCUACGCUAUGUAAUCAGCAGGGCUAUCCCUGUAAUCUGAAGAAAGUCAAAGCUGCUUAGAAAACGAAAGCGGGUCAACACAGAUUGAGAAAAGACCACUGGCUCCUUUUAUGUCGUUACUGUUUCCUUUCACGGUUCACCACCACACUAAAUGUACCAAUGAGCUGAUUAGAGGCUGUGUAUGUAUUUUAUUGCGUAUUUUUAAAUGAUACAUUUUAUCACCCAUGUUCAAGUUCCUGAAAUAAAAAGUUGAUUUUGUAAGAAAAACGU